UUCCACUAGAGAGUGUCGUGGAUUUUUCCUGCUAAAAGAAUACCGUUCUAAUGUUGAUUAAUCCCAUUCGAAUCGACAUCAACACAUGUAUCACUGACAAUGAGUACAGAUUAACAUCACUUCCACUUUUACCAAAAACGAAAAUCCGCUUAUCGCCAGUAUAGCAAUAAAAUCGCGGGUCUUUACCGAUGAUUGAUUGGAUAUUUACAAAACGGCGGGACAUAUUAGUGGCGUGGGAAAACUGGCAGUUCCGUUUAUCUUGGAUUCGACUAAAAUUUCCAGUUAUAGAUUUAGCAACUAAAUGAGAGAACAGUUAUGUUCAACUUGCGCAGCGAUAAACAACAAUUUGUAGUGGUGCGGCAAAACUUAAUACAAUAGACUCAUUCGUUGAAACGACGACGAGCUGAUUUGCCGCUUUGAUUAAAUGUCAGCGACAGCAAUAGCGCUAAACCUAUUGGAGUAUCAUCAUCAAAUGCUACACGCAAUCGAUCAAAAAACAUGUAACGACGCAAGGGAGUCAAAAUAUUUAGAGCCACAACAACAACAACAACAACUAUUACAAACAGCAAUGGCAACGAAUCAAUUCGAUUUGUAUGAAAUUAUAAAUGAUACGGUCUUAGCAUUGAUCCAAUCCACAACCCUAGCCGAGUCGAGCACAACGCCAUCAUCCGCAUUAAAUGUUUCCGCCGUCUCCAUUGCUGGCAUCGGCACAUCGACCAUUUUUUGGGUCACAUGCAACAUACUCAUAAUGAUCUGCAUAGUUGCGGGCAAUUCACUCAGCAUAUUGGCCAUUACUACGUGUCGGCGCUUGCGCAGCUUAAUCGCAAAUAUGUUCAUACUAUCGCUCGCCGUAUCGGAUUUCGGAGUUGGCCUAUUGCUACCCUACCAUAUCGCCUUCUAUUUAGGCUCAAAUCUCGGACAGUCGAAACUGUUUUGCGUACUGCGAUUCGUUCUCAUCAUUUUCUCCUGUUGCGUCUCCAUAAUGACACUCAUUACAAUCGCUGUGGAUCGUUAUAUAGCAAUCGUAUAUGCGUUGCACUAUAGACGGUGAGUUUUAAAGUUUUGGGUACUUUUUUGCGACAUUUUUACACUAAGUACUCGCGUACCGUUGUCAUUUUAGGUUCAUGACACGCCGCGUAUCUUUUCUCAUUAUCGCCUUUAAUUGGACGGCAGGUGCGACGGUGGCCAUCAUACCGGUUUUCAGCAAUCGCUUCAAAACUGCCAUUGAAUGUGAAUUCUAUCAGGUAUUGCCCAUCUGGUAUAUGGCUGGUGUCAUAAUACCGGGCUUUGUGUUGAUCUGGUUAUUCAUGCUCUUGAUUUAUUGGCGUAUAAUGCGUGAAGCCGCAAAGCAAAUGGAACCAUCGCGUUGCAAUCGUGAAAUGAAGAGACGCAGCAGCAAAAA